AGAUAUAGUUAAAAUUAAAAUCGCAGAGUAGCUUUAAUUAAAAUAUUAAAUCAAAUCUGUAAUCUGUUUAUGUGCUAGUUUGAGUUUGAGAUUACCUCUUCUUUAAAAGCAGAAAAUUUAAUUUAAUGGAGGCUGCAAAUGUGGCAAUUAAAACUGAAAAGAAGGAGGAAGAGGAACAGAAUGAAGGAACAAAUCUAGAAAAUAUGAUUACCAGCGUAUGGAUCAAGAUUGAAAAGGACGAUGAGGAGGAGUACAUGCCAUUAGAUGAAGAGCAAUCAGGCACUGAGCGUGAAGAACAGCAGGGUUUACAAUUGAAUAAAUGUGAGGAUAAACCAAAGAAAAAAAAACGCCAAGGGGAAACGAUUUUUUGUGAACUGUGCGAUUAUUCUACCUGUCAUAAAAACUGUCUUAAAAUCCACAUGCUCAGUCACAACACAACAAAGCCUUUUGCUUGUGAAUUCUGUGAUUAUGCCACAAAGUACCCCUUGGCACUCAAUCGACACAAGAGUAGUAAGCAUCAAGCGGAAAAUGAAGAUCCAAACGGAAGUAAGAAAGAAAUCCCUUUUUAUAAAUGUGAUCAAUGUGACUAUGUGUCACGUUUUAAAUCAAAUUUGAAAUCUCAUAAGCGUAAACACAAAACUGAAAAACAAUUCAAGUGCUCUGAAUGCUCAUAUGAAACGGCUUACAGGCAUAAUUUUAUGAAACAUUGUAGACAACACAGUAAAAUCACUUUCAACUGUGACAAAUGUGAUUUUGUAACGCAAUACGAGGGCCACAUCUACCGGCAUCUGUCCAAUGUUCACAAUGACGUGAUGGACUAUGGUUACACAUGCAAUUUUUGUGAUUUUUCCACUGCUGUGCGGUGGCGAUUGAAUAUUCACCAACAGAGAAGCAAACAAGAAGGUUUAUUGAAAUGCGCCAAUUGUGAUUUUGAGACCAUGUACAAAUGUGAAAUGAAGCGACACAAUAAGGAACAUUUUGGCGGAACCAAUGGACGUAAAGUACAUAUGAAAUUUAAUUCCGAAAGCUUCAGCUGUCCUCCUAGUGUACUCGACGCGCCAUUAAAUGAACCCGAGUAUUCACAAGAGCCCAAAGACGUCAAUUACGAAAAUGAUCACCAGAAGUUCAAUCAUUACACGUUAGAUCCAAACUGUUUGGAAUGGAGCAAUAUACCAGUGAAAGAGUCUGAUGACAUAGAUCGUCCUUAUCAGUGCCAAAUGUGCAGCUACACGUCGAAAUUCAAAGCGGCAGUCCAACGUCACUUUCAGAGACAUCACACAGAUAAACAAAAUCGCCCCUUCAAAUGCUGCAACUGCAAUUUCUCAACAAAAACAAAAGAUCAAAUCACUCUGCACAACAAGCGCAGUCAGUCUAACAAACCACUUUAUUGCUCCGAGUGCAGGUUCACCACUUUGUUCAAAUGCCAAUUUGUCAUGCAUCAAAAGAGUCAUUAUCAGUACAAAUGUAACAUCUGCAAUUACGCAUAUAAGAAUAAGUAUUAUCUUCAGAAACAUUCCUCCGUCCACCAGUUAGGUAAAACUAUGAAAUGCCAAUACUGCGAUUACAAAACUGCAAGAGCGGACAGCUUGGCGAGUCACGAAGCCACGCACACCGGUGACAAACCAAUAAAAUGCCAAUAUUGUGAUUAUAGAACUAUAAGAAAUUGCUUCCUCAUCAAGCAUAUAAGUAGAUACCACAUUCAGGGCAAAACUGAUAAAGAUGCCGAUGAAAAUGAGGAUCAGUUGGAGUAAAUAAAACAUUUAUGUUACUUAGAAAAGGAAAAUCAAAGCAUUUAAUAUUGUUAAGUUGGCAGAAUAUAGAAGAUGUCACUUCAUGCAGGUUAAAAUAAGUGACUGUUAAGUUUCACUUGUGGUUUCACAUAGAGUAUGCUGUAUUGUACUUGCUUAUUAUAACUAUACAAAUGUAUUAAGUAACAUGUGACAAUGUCGCAAGAGUAUCCAUCUUUCCAUUUUGUCCUAUGGCUUUCGUAAGAGGCAGCUAUGGGAUAUGCCAGAACUCAUGGCUCCCGAGAGAUGGUGGUAGGCGUCAGACGACAAAUACAGAGACUGGAGACGAGAACGGGGGAGGGGGGACGAGAAGUCUAAUUCUGCAAUUGCUGCCUGUCAACUUGUCGGCAAAACGGGGAUUAAUAAACAUCAUACAUUUCAAAUAAAUUCUGAAAUUGUGUCGUAAAUGAUUUUGUAGUAUCUACAUAAUAUUGUGACUUAGAUGGCAUUAACUAAAAUAAAUCAAUGUAAUAACUAAGUUUUUAUAUUUAAUAAUCCUUAGGCCUUUGAAUAAACAUGUACAUUAGGUGUUGUUAGACAAGUGGUAAAAUUAAAAAUUGUGAACAACAUUUCAAAAUAGGUAAAUAAAAUGAGAACAUCAAUGUAGUUGUAGUCAAUUAAAUACGCAUUAUUAAGGAUAACUCAAAAACUACUGGUCGGAUCUUGAUCAAAUUUAAUGGGAUCACAUGAGAAGCACCAGCUUUC